AAUGCCCUUUGCAGUUGCCCUGGCAUUGCUGGGUCUUUUGGGUAAACAAGUGACUAAUUUUACUUUGGGAACCUGGGAAGCAACUUCUCUUUAACUGCAGGAGCAAUUUUAGUUCCUCAUGAGCAUCCAAAGAGUGAAACUGUCAUCAUUUGGAAUAAACAUGGCAACCCAGAAGAAUUUUGAAAGGACUUGGCUUGUGAAUGACAGGGACACCAAGCGGUACUCCUUAACACUUAGCAGCAGUGACUUAAUACAGAAUAAUUCAGACCAAGAGAGCCUCCAUCAAGAACCAGUAAAUGCAGGGGACCAUUCAGGGCAUCAUUGUCACAACUACGCAAAGGCCUACGAGCGCAGAAAGAGAGAGCAGCAUCAAGCCAAGCUGAAACUCUAUGUAGCGACAGUAAUCUGCCUUAUCUUCAUGAUUGCUGAAAUCAUAGGUGGCCACAUCGCAGGGAGCCUAGCUGUGAUCACAGAUGCAGCCCACAUUUUGGUUGAUUUGAUGAGUUUCCUGAUCAGCAUCUUUUCUCUCUGGCUGUCGUCAAAAUUUCCCAGUAAAAGAUUAACAUAUGGAUGGCACAGAACAGAAAUUCUUGGAGCUUUCCUCUCUAUGAUCAUCAUUUGGGUGGUGACUGGUGUGUUGACAUAUUUAGCCAUCUUGAGGCUCCUGCACCCACACUAUGAAAUUGAAGCCACCGUCAUGCUGAUCACAUCUGGGUGUGCUGUAAUAGCCAACAUAAUAUUAAGUCUAACUCUGCACCACAGAGGACUUGGAAAUCUUUGCAAUGUUGAUCAGUCCAGCAAUCAUAGAUCAAAUCCUGAAAGCAUGUUGGCCUCCUCCAAUGCCAGUGUGAGAGCUGCUUUCGUCCAUGCUAUCGGAGAUCUGUUUCAGAGCAUUAGUGUGCUAAUUAGUGCACUAAUAAUCUUCUUUAAGCCAGAAUACAAAAUGGCAGACCCAAUCUGCACAUUUAUAUUUUCCUUAUUUGUUCUUGGAACCACCAUCUCUGUGUUACGAGACAUUUUACUUGUGCUGAUGGAAGGGACACCAAAGGAACUGAGCUACAGUGUGGUAAAAGAGAGAAUUUUAGCCAUGGACAAAGUGGAGUCCGUCCACAGUCUGCAUAUUUGGUCUCUAACAAUGAACCAGCCAGUCCUAUCUGCUCAUAUCGUCACAGAUACCACAAACAAACAACAGAUUUUGAAUGAACUUACUGAACUUCUAGUCAACACAUAUAAUUUCUACACAGUCACCCUUCAAAUUGAAUCCAAAGCAGACCAGAAACCAGACUGUGUCUUCUGCCAGGAUCCAAGUGACUGAGGUUAUAUGAAUUUGUAUUAAUCAACUGCCUCUUUGCUGCACUGAUUAACAUUAAGCAUGCUGAAUGAAGAGAGCCUGCUAAGCCCAAACCAAACUGAACUGAAAACAGGAAGCUUCAUACAUAUGGCAGAAUGUACAGUUGUAUUUGUUGUUGUUGUUGUUGGAAACUGCUGCAUUUCAGAUGGUGGAAAACAGUAGGGAAAACAACUAGAAUGCAUAAUGCUCCUUUCUGUUUGUUCAUUCAUCUGUUGGGAGGUUUAUUGUAUGAGAACAACUAACAUGAAAAUUCACAUUUAAAUCAUUACUUCACAAAACUGUGGUGAAACAGUUUUCUACAUUUUGAGCUUCCUCCUCUGAAAGAAGAUUCUCCUGCUUCAGUUUUCACAAUCAGUACAGUUGGCCCUUCUUAUACAUGGAUUUUUU